AACUGCACGUGCGGUCUUGGUAUGACUGAGUUCCCCUUGUUUGUCGUCAAAUCACUCUUUAACAUUGACGAGGAAAGGGUAGGAGUGGAAGGAAGAGGAGGUAGCUUUAGAGAAAUGAGACGCAGCCCGUCUCCCAACAUCCUUAGCGGCGGGCGAAGGAAAACGUAAACGGCCAUGUUGUGGUAGAAGUCAGUCCUGAAACGAGCGAGGCUUACUCACGGCGUUACUUAUCAAUCUGUGUAAUGUAGUCUCAGAACUACGGCUCUGAAAGUAACACGGCUGACUUCUCGUUUGACAGUUAUUAAUUCCGUGUAAAUUCGUGCGUCAUUAACAGCAGAGGGCCAACAUGAGCGGAGGAGGGACGCCGUACAUCGGCAGCAAAAUUAGCCUAAUCUCCAAGGCCGAGAUUCGCUAUGAAGGAAUUUUGUACACCAUUGAUACUGAAAACUCGACCGUAGCUCUUGCUAAAGUUCGCUCUUUCGGCACUGAGGACCGGCCCACUGACAGGCCUGUUCCACCUCGGGAGGAGGUGUUUGAGUACAUCAUCUUCAGAGGCAGCGAUAUAAAGGACCUUACAGUGUGUGAGCCACCCAAAGCCACUAGCUCCCUGCCUCAGGACCCUGCUAUAGUCCAAUCGUCACUUGGAUCCAGCAAUGCUUCAGCGGGAUCGUCAUUCCAGUCGGCGGGGUCCUAUGCUGCGCUCAGCAAGGCCCCCGUCCCGCCAUACAGCCAGUUUGGAGUCACGCCCCUUGCAGCUCAGCAGUUCGGUUCUGCCGGAGCCAGAGGGUGCAUCAGUCCCCAGCUGGACUCUAUCACCAAACGUCCCACCCUGGAGCAGGGGGUGAAGGCCCCGCCAUCAGCUGCCCCGGUACCACCUGCCCCCGUGGGACCAAGGAGUCAGUCGGGGGCAGCGGCUCCCAGACCCCCCGGCAUCCCCUCCGGCAGCCAGAGGCCCCCCGACCUCCUGGAGCAGAGAAAGGCUCCUGAGGUCCAGUUGGUGUCACGGCCAGAUCAUGAACACGGCGCUCUUGAAAACCGAGAUCCCAACAAGCGUCACACCGGUCAUUUGUCAGCUGGUGCUCAGCCCAAUCGCCGUGGCCGCGGACGAGGAAACCGCAGCCGAGGUAAAGUCAACCUGCGCCGGGACGGCGCCAUGACGUUCGAAGAAGACUUUGACUUUGAGACGGCCAACGCCCAGUUCAACAAAGACGAGAUCGACAAAGAGCUCCAGAACAAGCUGAAACUGAAAGAUGACAAGACUGAAAAGGCAGUGAAUGGAGAAGAACCUGCAGAGUCCGAACAUCCAGCCAACGAGGGGGCCAACGAGGAGGAGGAGGCUGCCAACAGCACCUACUAUGACAAGACCAAGUCCUUCUUUGAUAACCUGUCCGCUGAUGAUUUGAGCAAAGGGGGUGACAGAGGAUUUUCACGGGAGCGAAGGACAACCUGGGCAGAAGAGAGACGGAUGAACUCCGAGACAUUUGGCAUCCCCCUGAGGCACAAUCGAGGAAGAGGAGGUUUCCGCGGCCGGGGCUUCAUGGGGCCCCGCGGAGGCAGAGGGCGGCCGCUGAGCAGAGGCUCCUUCGCCCCGCCCCGAGGUCCUCCGCCCGGUUUCAGAGGCGGAUUCAGAGGUGGCAGAGGAGGCCGGGAUUUCUCUGAUUUUGAAUAUAGGAAGGACAACAAGGUGGCUGCAUAGUGCUGCAGCGACGGCUCCUCCAACAAUCCAAGCCCUCAUCGUGAAAUGAUUCCCGUUGAAGAAAUUCUUUGGUCUCAACAUUUGACAGACAGAAUGACGACAUCUUCUCAGUCACCAGCAGCGGGGCUGACUGCUUUACAUCGGGGGGGUGGGUGAGAGUGCAGCUCCCUUUUCUCCACUUUUGAGAAUUAGGCUUUUUUAUUUGUUGUUUUUGUUUUGGCCCAGACAUGUUGUUUGAUAAAAAACAGCCACCAGAUGGACGAGAACAAGUGUAAAUACCUUAGGUGGGAGCGAUCUGUAUUUUUGCAUCGAUCCAGUUCAUUUCUUACUGAAGAUGUUUGAUAUUGAAGAACGCAGAAACGCCCACCGAUACUGUGAGAGGCUCGCAGGUCAUGUGAUCGUUUUGUUUUUAAUCUCACCAUGUGUGGCGCCACCAAAAUUCAGUGCAUUGCCGGUUGCACCAUAUAUUCCUCUGCUCAGACUUAGUCUGGUUGCCACGUGUUCAGUAUUUUUACCCAGAAUGCAGGAAAUGGUUUAUUUCCUUUUUUUUGUUUUUUUUCUGGACAUCAUUCAUUCUCAAUCAUCUUCUACUUACUGCCCCCCCCUCACCAGACAAACUCACUUUUAGUUUUUAGAAAAGGUCUUUCAGUAUUUAGAAUUGCGUAGAUCAUACUGUUGCAGGCAACCAAUAGGAGCCGGCCAUCUGAUUGCUAUUUGGGGUUUACAGCAUUAGCUUUAGAAGAAUGUUUUUGUUGACCGGGUCUGUUUUUCUUUUUUUUUCUUUUUCUUUUUUUACAUAGUUGAUUAAACAAAGAGCAUUCCAAUGAUUUGUGUCCGUUACUAUUAAUGCCUUUAGAAGUUCUUAGGAAAGGAAAGCCUUCAGUGUAUCCAGUUUAAACCUGCAGUCAGAAUGACUUUGAACAAGUCCAAUUUGGAUAAUCCAAAAGGAAGAAGAAGAAGAAAUGCCCCGCUAUUUUGCCAAAAAGUAUAUGCAAGCAUUUGGUCGAGAUAAAAUAAUUGCCAGCCUAUGACGUACCUGUUAAAUCUGCCUUCCUGUGUCCAAAACCUACUGAGCCACCUGUUAAGGCAUGUUCAUUUAUUUAGUUAUCGCCAUUAGGGUUGGGCGAUUGGACUAAAUUGUCGUUUUGACAAUUGAAUGGCCUGCCUCCAAGGAGAGAGAGAGAGAGACGGCAUCGCACGCACCUGAGUGGAUAUAGUGCCCGUUGUUGGACUGACGGUGGCCAGUUGGAGAAUUUCAAACGUAUCACCCAACCCUAAUCGGCAUCCUUUUUAAUUGUCUUACAGUUAUCAUCUGCAUUAUUUGUUUGUUUUUUUUUCCCCACUGCAAAACUGUGCUUGCAGUGUUUACUGAAAAUGGGAAAUCUUGUAUAUGGUUAAAUGUCUCAAAACAUAUGUUCAAAAAUUCUGCCCUCUGGCUUGUUUGUAGCUCCUCCUGUUGCAUUGUUGUCAAUGGAAUUGUUCUCUGGAGUGUUUUUGUUUUUCUACACAGAGUUGUGAACAAAGGGACAUGACCUGGAUGUGGUGCCAGUGUGAUGGUUUUUGCUCUGAUUUGUUAGUACUUUAGGGAGUGCCUUCAGAGUGAUGACUUUUUUUCUUUUUUACAGCUCUCCCUUUAACUUAAAAGUCGACAAAGGUUUUGAUAGCACGGCGAGACUGGAUGUUUCUCGGUAGCUGCGGCUGUUUUAAAACGAAGAGGCCCGGGUGAAGCUGGAUAUUGCACAGGCGGCCGAUCACUGCAUGAUAAGCCGUAGAAAUCAUCACUUCACACUGGCUUUUUUUUUUUUUCCUCGCAAUAACAAGCGAGAUUAAAUUUGACAAAAAAAAGUAUUACUGGACUAUUGCAAAUGGAGAUGUUUUCGUAUGUUACUUCUUCCAGUCUCUGGAAUUGUAAACCAGGAUCUGUUUUCAUGAGAAUAGCAGCAAAAUUGAGUUUUUAAGUAAAAUAAAGAGUUGUACAAUA